AUGGAUUCUUCAGGAGUAUAUGAAUGCUGGAGGCAAUCUAACUUGAGGGUGACGGUAAAACGGGGUCAAAUGUACUCGACUAUCAAAUGUAGUAUCUCCCUGAGGCACAUUCGGGAAGCCCAGAUCCCCUAGGAUAACCUCAACGAUGUUAUUACCUUGCUACAAGACCGUGUAAAGACCAAAACACAAGUUAGCACCCACAUUCCACCACAGCAAGGGGCGAGGGCGGCGUUCCCGUUCCGGAGGGCUGCGGGACUCCCCGGGAGCCGGCUGUGCCGCGCGUCCCCGCCGCUUCCCGUCUUGACAGCGGGGCUGUGGCGCCUCAGGGUGUCCCGCGUCCCCUGGGGCUGGCCCUGCUUCGCCGAGGCCGACCGGGAGAUCGCCGGGCUGGCCAACCGCUGGGGCUGCCCCGUCCUCUCCCUAGACAGCGACUUCUUCGUGUUCGACCUGGCGGGCGGGUACUGCCCGCUGUCCCACUUCCAGUGGCAGAGCGUGCGCGCCGCCGCCGGGCCGCAGGGAUGCUACGUGCCCGCGCGCUGCUUCUCCGCCGAGAGGUUCUGCGGGCACUUCGGGCACCUGAGCAAGGCGCUGCUCCCGCUCUUUGCCGUCAUGAACGGGAACGACUACAUCGGCCUGGGAGCGCUGGAGGCGUUCUUCAGCAAGGUGCGCCUGCCGAGGGGCUGCGCGGCGGGACGGGGCGGGAAGCACCUCCGCCUCCAGGGACUGCUGAACUGGCUGGCGCAGUUCGCGGAGCCCGCCGAGGCCGUCGACAACGUGCUGAAAUACCUCAAGAAACAUCAGAGGGAAGAAAUACGGGAGCUUCUGUGCACUUCAAUGGAGGAUUAUGCUCCGUCUGACGUGAAUCUUGAGGACUUCUUUCAGAAUGGGAGCUAUGAGUGCGAGGCUGCCAGGAAAGCAGACGUACCACAGUGGGUAUUCGAUGCUUUGGCAAAAGGUAAGCUGGCCCCAUUCGUCAUCAAUGCCCUGAUACUUAGAAGCACCUUCCUCCGCGUUCAGGUGGAGAACAUGCAGAGACCCAGUGCUCACAGCACAGCUUUGCCCAUCCGACAAGUUAUCUAUGGACUGCUGCUGAGAGUGUCUCACAGUACCGAAGAUGAUUCUCCAAGUAAGCAGACCAACGAGCUGCCCACUGUAUGUGAAUUUGACAGAUGCCAAAAGACACUUAAAAAAACAUUUGUUCAAGCAGCAAGCCUACCCCCAGAUUUUUGUGAUGAUCGUUUUCCUUUGGACAAGUUAAUGGAGGUGCCUGUGUUGUGCCGCCAGAUGCUUUUGCUGGAGACUCUGGGAGUGAAAAUGAGUUUCUUAGAAUCUAUCCCAAGUCAUUUACAACUCCCUAUUGCUGUAACAUGUUACUGGAUAUGUUGUUCAGAACCAAAAGUUAAGCUGAACCAAUUAAAGGCUCUGCUUCUAAUGAUAGUUUCUGGAGAACUGCAGAGGAUAACUGAAGAUCCAGAUCCCACAGUUCUACCUGCCGAAGAUGACAGCGUGGCAUAUAACGAAUUUCUAAAAUGGAAGGAAAAGAAAUUGCAAAAUAAUGACUUUGAUUUAGAUGCUGCACACAGUUUUUGCCAAUGGCAGUGCUGUCUUCAGAUGGGAUUGUAUCUCAACCAGCUACUUGGUACUCCUCUCUCUGAGCCAGACCUAAGUAGGCUUUACACUGGGACCCUUGUGCACAGACUGUAUCAAGAGCUUAAAUCAGCACCUUCAGUGGAAAAUCUGUUUAUCUUAUCUCCAAAAAUGGGUCAUCUUUAUCUGGUUUUGUUAAAUACAGUGGAGUCAGUGGUAUCUCCAGACUUCUUUCAAAAGAUGACCAAGACCAGAUCAGAGUCCUGCAAAAAGAGGAAAGCAUCAAAUAAGAAAAAAACAGCCACCCAAUGUGCUGUGCCAGAAACUCAGCAUUUAUGCAGUGUUAAUAGGUUUGCAUCACUGGAAGUGGAUGACUGAAAGCAUUAUUCUUGGAAUAACUUCCAUGCUGAUGAAAGAAGUAACAUUAAAAUAUGUGACUGUAUUGGAAUUUGCUCAACUCUUCCCACACAAGUUCUUGAUUCAAACUUUACCAAAAAACUUGCUUCAGGGGAUUAUUUUUAUUAUUUACCUUUUUGUAACUUAACAUUUGUAUAAAAGAAAUGGCGUAUAAAAAUUGUGGUGUUUUGUUUUUCUUUAAGGGCAUCAGUCUAAUUGAAAAUUAGAACAAAGCUGUUUAACAUUUCAAAGCAGGACUAUUUUAGAGGAGUUCUUUUCAUGAUCAUUUGGUUGGCUCUGCCUCAUCUCACUGAAUACUUCAUUUAGAAAAAAUCCAACUUUAAACUUGGAACAACACAGUGGUCACAGUCUAACAGUUGAGAUUAAAACAGAAAUUGACAGGUUUAAAAAUACUGUAAAAUCUGUCAUUACUAGUGGAGUACUUUUACUUGCAGGGAGAGGUAGCUUUGCUCAGUGAUAACUAAGUUGUGCUUGAAAUAUUACAGGU